AUGGCAAAGCAUGAGAAGCAGCACAGCGCUGCGACGAGUGGCAAAAGCUACUGGCCGCCAGAGGACGACAAGAAGCUGCAGGCGCUUGUGUACGGCCUCGGUACGAAGAACUGGAACGAAAUCGGAUCGCACUUUCCGCACAAGAGCGGGCGCCAGUGCCACGAACGGUGGAAGAUGCUCUUCAACGAUCCGUCCUACUUCCAAUCCAUCAUGAUGGAGUUUGCGGCCUCGACGACUCGCCGGUCGCUUGACAUGACGCCUCUCACGGCGCCGGAGAAGCCCAAGUCCAUCCCGGCCCUUCCCAAGCGACACUCGUCUGCGAGCCCGCUUGUGCAGAAAGUCAACAAGCUCCACGACAUUGCGAACAAACUGAAAUGCCGCCAAGAGUCGCAUUCGUCCAUCAACGGCAAUAGCGUCGAGAUGCUUCUUUCGCCCGGCGCGGGCCAGGCCAUUACGGCCGUCCCCGUGGCACUCAAGCGCAAGCUCGAGCACUGGAGCGCCAUGUACGGCGUCGACGUCGAUCACAUGGAAUACGUCACGUUCAUCAAGCGUCCGCCGGCGCCGCCCUCGGGUGGCUCUACACAAGUGAAAUGA